CUGGCCAUGAAGGCAGCAGCAGAGCAGCUGAGAGCAGGAUGCUGAAAACCCACAGGAAGCUCUUCCUGAGGACCUUAAAGAUGCUGCCCAGUUAAAGGGAUGGCAGGCAUUCAGGACUUGAUUACUGAAAUAAUUUGUUCUGCUCACUUCCACGUAAACUUUUCCUUGAACAUGAGCAGUUUGAGGGGGUUUCACAUGUUCGUCGCCUUCUGUCUUAUUCUGCUCGACUUCAGCAGCCUGCAAUGUCUUGCUUUAAGACAAGUGGAGAAAAGGCAUGUAAGAGAACUGCAUCUGGCAUUACCAGCAGGGAACAGUUUAGCAAAUACAAAUGUAUCAAAUCCAGAAGGUAACUUAAGCUCAUCCAUGGAUACAGCCAGCACUUCUGCAUCUGAAAGCCUUUAUGGAGCCUCAGUAGAGCCAUCCGGGAGGUCAUUAAACAGAGCCACAACUGUAAAAACAACCCUACCAACCAUUCUGCAUGUUCACAAUCCCUUGGAACGCUCAGAUAUGGAUGUUUUUGCCAGCACAGGUCUGGAGAUUGCUGUGGAAAGUGAAAGGCAAAUCGGUCUCAAGGGGCCCAAUGAAAAACUGGAUAAAUAUGGGACACAGGAAGCUUUGCUUGCCACUGUUGUGACAAUUCCAGAUCCUGUUGUUGAAGAUGGUAUGCUUAGUAGCUCUGCAAAAGAGACAGUGGAUGGAGGUUGGGGAGAAGGAAAUCUGGAUGGGGAUCUGUUUACACCAGGCAGUCUAGAAGGAGGAGCCCAUGUUGACCCUUCAGACAACCCCAAGUCAACUAUCCAAAAAACGAUAAAUAGUUUUGCUGCUACAAUAUCACCAAGCAACCUCCUCAAAAAUCCGUUUCUUCCAACGGGCCAACCAGUUGACUUGGCAAAAGGAUCAGAUGGAAAUAGCUUCCCAACAAUUGGGAUGGGCACAGAUACUGCUACAGAGCCCAGAUUGCUGCUGGCAGAUGCCCCCUUAAGUUUGGAAGGGGAAAUCCCAGAGAACCAAGGGCACUUGAAAGAUAUCCUAAGCACUACCAUGAUGGCUGCUGCAGGCUUGCUGCUAAGUGAUGAAUGGGAUGAUACAAAAUUAGAGCCUUCCAGCCAGAUGAAAGCUAUGCACCUUGUGAAGAUGAAUCAACCUCAAACAGUGCAACCAACAGGACAGGAGGAGGAGGAUGUGAAAAAGGUCCUGUCACCAAGUUUAUUGGCAACCACAGCAAAAGGAAGCAAAGAUAAUCAGAGUGGAUCAGGCCAGAUACCUGGUCAGGUGGAGGAGUCAACCAAUACAAGCCUGAAUCUCGCCCAUACCACUGAUCUAUCUGAGAAGGUUGGAGCCCAAUCUGGAAGUCCAGUGGAAAACAUAGAUCCAACAGUGAUCAGCCAGUCUAGACUGUUUCCUGAGACCAUAACUACAACAGAUGUGACCAAAUCAGAUGUCUUCCAAACCUUAAGAAGCCAAUUAAGAGGAACAGCCACAGCCUUGCAUGAUUCUGGCACCAUGCCACCACCUGUGAUCUCAGGAGGCCUACCUACCCAGAAGAUUACAGGGUCGCAAAAUGUGAUGGAGGAAGAAAUAGAAUUGGCAACUCAAAUACCAACAGUUUCCAGCGUGUCUCAAUUGUUGAGGCUAUUAGACAAUGUUGCUGCUACGGUGUCUCCUCAUUCUACUCAUCUCCCAGUGAAAAUGGUUGAAGCUGAAGGACCUGUCACCGUCCUAGAGAAUAAAGAGAUCAUUUCUGUCACCUACAUUCCUGCAACUCUGGCUGAUCUGAGAGUGCCAACCAAAAUGACUGAUGGCACAACUGACACUAUGACAGCUCUGCCUUCUUUGGCAUCUUCUACAAGGCAAACCACAGUUCCGGCUGCCCACCGAAUUACCACAGCUUCAACUUAUGGUCUGGAGAGGUUGGAAUCAGAAGAGGAGGAGGAGGAGGAGGAGGAGGAGGAAGAAGAGGAAGAGGAAGAGGAAGAGGAAGAAGAAAUGGAUGAGGAUGAAGAAGAGAAUGAUGAUGACAGAGAGCCCAACUCAAUAGAUGAAAGCUUAGAUGCUGAUCUCUCCAGUUUUACUGUUCCAGGGGAAACCUCACAGGAACCCUUGGAAAGGCUGGAAGGCCCUGCAGGAGAGCUCUCCGGAAUAUCCUAUCAUGUGCCAAAUGCAAUUGAAUGGGAACAGCAGAACCAAGGGCUCGUGAGAAGCUGGAUGGAAAAACUAAAAGACAAGGCAGGAUACAUGUCUGGGAUGCUGGUCCCUGUGGGCGUAGGCAUUGCUGGAGCCCUUUUCAUCUUGGGAGCGCUCUAUAGCAUCAAGAUCAUGAGCCGCCGUCGCAGGAAUGGCUUUAAAAGGCACAAGCGAAAGCAGAGAGAAUUCAACAGCAUGCAAGACCGGGUGAUGCUUUUAGCAGAUAGCUCUGAAGAUGAAUUUUGAAUCGGGCUGCAAAGCCACAUCAUGUUCUCCAGUGACUUACUUUAUUUGCAAAGGGAGGUUUGCAAGUAAAAAAAAAAGUCUUUCUGCUGCAUCCCAGUGGCCUGCCAUGUUGUGCAUUCACAUGGCAGUGUUGCUUUACACAACUGGUCCCCAAAAGGAGAUACGCACACAGCCAAAUACAUCCCAAUCACAGCAUGUUGCAGUCUACUUUUUAAAAACCAUGCAUUAGUGCAACUUCAUUUCCAUUGCACUGCAUGUUCAAGGAUGAAACUAACAAUGACGCCAUGAAGAGUGGGGGACAAGACAGGCUGAAUGACAAUAAUGGUCCUAAGCUUUUAAUUUUCAUUUUGAUGCUAGCAAUCAAGCUGUCAUCCUUUCCCAUACAGUCUUUGGGGAGGAUGAUUUCUAGCCCAGAUGACUUCCGUCAGUCUCUCCCUGGGAAGCCUCUUCUAAGAUAUGGCAUUUCCUGAGCUGAAGUUCAUGGUUUUGAAAAUGACUGGAUCUUUUUAAUUAAUGAAGUCUCACCUUGAAGCAGACCACCUCAUAAGCAGGACAGUAACUAUGUAGGUAGAGUAAAAUGAACAGGCACACCAUGUAUAUAUAGUAUAUUACGCUUAGGGCCAAACUAGAUAGUUACAUACAGAAGAGACAUGUGCUUUGUUUUGUUCAUUGUGAAACAAAUGGGAGUGGAAGAGCAUCAGGGGGGUGGGAGAGGGCUUUCAUCAGCUCAGUGAGGGGCCCAUAAGGAUCAAAGUACUAAGGAAGAGUCACAUAUGCAUGGCAUACUUCACAUGACUGUUACUUAGCUCCCACAGCUAAACACCUCUCUACUCUCUCCAUUGUUCCCAAGGUGAUAUGGAAAUUUGCAGUGCACAUUUGAUCUGCAAGAGAUAAUUACUUGGUGCUGUGGUCAUCUAAUGAUGGCAGUGAACCAGCGGUAAAUGUAUGAGAGUGGCACCCAAACUCUUGAUACCCUGAGGCAAAGCACUUUUUUCUGGAUUAAAUUUUACAGUACACUUCUUUUUUCACACUCAGACAAAAGGCAGGCUUGUAUUUGGCCAACCAGCUGCCAGACCAAGAGCAAGGGGCAUCUUCCUUUGCAGUGGCAGUACGUUCUGCUUCGUGAUUGAGCAAAGUGAGGGCUGGUAGUUCUGCAUUCACCUUUGCAUCCACAAAGUUCCCUGCCCCAUUUCACUUCUUUUUAAAUCUGUGCUUCUGGUGAAAGCUGGCAUUCUGCAAACUAAACACCACCCGCUAACAUCCUAAUUGUUUACAAAAAUAUCUCUAGGUUCAAUACACAUUCCAUUUCUAUUCCUGGAAAAUAAACAUGGUGGCCA